AUGAACGCGCCGGCGCGCGCCCUGGCCAAAUACGUCAUCGAGUACCGACGUCUAGCGCCGCGCACGCGCAUCAUCUUCAUCCGCAGCUCGUCGCACGACUUCCUCGUGCGCUUCACGAAGCGCGCCCAGCACGCGCGCGUGGCCCCAGCCGUGGCAGCCCUCCGCGCCAGCGCCGCCCCGGUCUUCGUGCACAUGUUCUCGAACGGCGGCGUGUUCUCAGCCGUCAACGUGCUCGAGGCGUACCGCGCGGCGACGGGGCAGCCGCUGCGCGUCUCGGCGAUGGUGUUUGACAGUGCGCCGGGGGUUGCGACGCUGCCUGCGGCUGUCAAGGCGAUGGCGUUUGUGCUGCCGCGCGCGCGGGUCCUGCGUGUUUUGGGUAAGGUCGUGCUGUGGGUUGUGUUUGCGCUGGGGGAGAUGCUGAGGCGGAUGCUGCGCGUGCCGCAUGCGGUGCAUGUUGCGCGCAGGGCAAUUAAUGAUCGCGGGUUGGUGCGUGGUGUCGGUGAGGGAGAGGGGGGUAAGCCGCGGAGGUGCUAUGUGUAUUCGGAUGCGGAUGAGCUGGUGCAUUGGAGGGAUGUGGAGAGGCAUGCGGGGGAUGCGGAGGCGAAGGGAGGUAUUGGGGGGUUGUGA